UAGUAUAUCUCAAAAAGCGGCUGUUGCAGCUUUAAGACUGGGCUAUGCUGGUGGGGAAGCGGUUUCGACAAUGGUUAAAGCUUUUCCGGAGCGGCGAGAUUACUUGGUCAAGAAUCUUGCGGAAUUGGAAGGUGUUAAAAUAUCGGAGCCGCUGCUAUGGUCUUCACCUUUUGUAUGCAUAUUUGGCUUUUAAAACCAGGGAGCUUUCUAUCUUUUCCUCCACUUUAGCUCAUACUAUGGAACAAAUGUGGAAGGCUUUGGUACGAUCGAAGAUUCAGAGUCUCUAUGCCGCUAUCUUCUGGACAAGGCUCAGCCGGCGGAAGUAAAGCUAGGUCCUCCCCUCAUCCACCCCGUGUGCAUAAUUUUUUAUGCAACAAUGCUCACGGCGGGCGGCUAGAAGCUUAACUUACCUGUCGGAUUCCAUGCCAGUGGAUCGCGAGAUUCUCGGUUAACAGGCCGUUCUUGACCUCGACGACGACGGUGUCGUUCUGCUGAGCCAAGAUGGUCGGCCCCGGCGUCUUCCCGUUGAUGGCGAUCACCAGUUUCUUGUAGCAAUCAGGAGACUUGUACUCGUACUUCACCUCCCACUUGUAGCGCCGAACUCUCGCCUCCUCAGACAAGGGCGGAGCCCUCUUCAGCCCGUCCCACAGCCGCAAGAACACAACCAGGGUAAACACCAAUCCCGCCGGCCGACUGAUACUCCACACCCAACGCUCCGCCAUUUCUUCUUCUAGAUACCGACCAGCCCGGCAACCAAUCAACUAUUUUCAGUUCUCCGUCGCGUUGCCACUUCGAUUCGUCUGUCUAUAUAGAAAAACAAGAAGGGCGAGUCAAACGAUGAACUUACCUGGCGGUUUCCGAGCGCUGUUUCGGCAUCCCGACGAUGUGACAUGAAAUGAAGCAAUAACCUCCCAAGCGUCAUCGACUAGUUUGGGCUUGACGUCAACUUAAGACUGCAUUGUGAUUCGGUUCAAUAAUUGCUUCUUCUAACGCGUUUCUCUUAAAUUUAUUUGCCAAACACUUAUUUCUGUCAUGUGUUUCUAUGUUUUUUUUUUUAAUAUAAUAAAUCAAAUUUUUCAUUAUUUCAA